CGAAGAAGAUAAUAGGGACAAUCAGACAUUGCUAUCUAAAAACAAAUCUCCACCAUUGUCGAAGUUGGUAUUGAAACUUUUCUAUACCUUGUCAAGCACCAGUCACUGCAAAUCACAUUAGCACCUGGCAGUCCUUUUUCACAAAGCAAGCAUGUUCGCCAUCCAGACAGCGCCAAAGUCCUCUGCGACUGAAACCCAAACGUCAACGGACCAGUUCACUCCAAACAUCCUCCCCUGCAAAAUCCACUACGACGGGCCCGUGAAGACAUUGAAUCGGUAUUGGGAACCCCAAGCCGACGAGAAAGAGAAAGACGUCCAGAUCGCUUAUUUCCGCGGUCGUAGGCUCAAGGGUCGACGGGUUGCUAUUCCAGAAGGCUACAAAGGCGUUAUCGCAACAAGCACAGACCGUGUAUUGCCCCUUUCUCGCAAUGAAAACGAAGCCGAUGUCGAGGAAGUCCAGCCGGAGGAGCCGGUCAAGAUUCUCGAGAAGCAGGGAACUUUCAACGAGUAUAUGGUCUGGGGGCAUGAGUUGGUACCCGCGGCGGACGAUGCCUUCGUGAAGGGGGUGGAGGAGUGGAUCAAAUUGGCUGAAGCGAUGCACGGUCAGCCCAGCAGUGAACCGAAGCCGUCUUCUUGAGCGACGCCUCGAAUAUCAGCUUGGAAAGGAUUUUCGCCUACCAACAUGAGGCAAACGAAAUCAGCUCUCAUCGCAGCGGCGCCAGCUUGUCCCACGCCCGGAUCCUUCACCCUGCGCUCGGGGUGAACCCGGCCAUGUUCGUGAAGUGGUUCAAUCACUAUUCCGCGGGCGCGCCAACGGAAAGCAUGACGGGUAUAAUGGCGUAGAAGACGGCGGGCAUCAGUGUAGACGAUAUAGUCCGUGACAUACGGCCGAGACACGAAUGAGGGCAGCCUAGGAUUAUGUCUAACAUAUAGAUCUUGUUUUCGGGGGAAGGGAACGCACACACCUAC